UCUGAAUAAAAAUUUAUUUAAUUUGCAGAGUUUAGAGUAAACUAGAUCUGGCAGAAUGACGGAGAUGUGCGAAAGCUUGACUCUGUCACGGGAUAUAAAACGCGCAUGCGAACUUCUGGAGAAAUUGCAAAAAAGUAAAUACUGCGGAGAGGUUCCCGCAACAAAGCUUGCUGCUCUGCAAAAGGUUCUACAGAGUGAGUUUCUCAAUGCAGUCAGGGAGGUUUAUGAACACAUCUAUGAAACUGUGGAUGUUGAAGGUUCACCUGAUAUAAGAGCUAGUGCUACUGCCAAGGCGACAGUUGCUGCCUUUGCAGCUAGUGAGGGUCACGCCCAUCCCAGGGUUGUGGAACUCCCUAAGACUGAGGAAGGACUUGGGUUCAAUGUUAUGGGAGGAAAGGAGCAGAACUCUCCGAUAUACAUUUCCAGGAUUAUCCCAGGAGGAAUAGCAGAUAGGCAUGGAGGGUUGAAGCGAGGAGAUCAACUGCUGAGUGUCAAUGGAGUGAGUGUAGAAGGAGAACCUCAUGAGAAGGCUGUAGAACUUCUCAAAGCUGCUAAAUCCAGUGUUAAACUGGUAGUCAGGUAUACACCUAAGGUCCUGGAGGAGAUGGAAAUGAGGUUUGAUAAACAGAGACAGGCCAGGAGGAGACAGCUAUACUCAUAGACAGGAGCAGGGCGUUCUACUAGAUCAGGGGGUUAAUUACUCCUGGAUCAGGGGUUCAUCUACCCCUGGAUCAGGGGGUUAAUUACUCCCAGAUCAGGAGGUUCAUAUACUCCUGGAUCAGGGGGUUCAUCUACUCCUGGAUCAGGGGGUUCAUCUACUCCUAGAUCAGGAGGUUCAUCGACUCUUGGAUCAGGGGGUUCCUCUACUCCUAGAUCAGGAGGUUCAUCUACUCCUGGAUCAGGGGGUUAAUUACUCCCAGAUCAGGAGGUUCAUCUACUCCUGGAUCAGGGGGUUCAUCUACUCCUGGAUCAGGGGGUUCAUCUACUCCUAGUCUAGGUUAAAACCUAGUAAUACUGUUUAACAAUUGUUUAACUGUGCAGCUUUGUCAUGAUCUUUGUACUGAAGCUGUCUAAUUUGCCUGUUUUCUACAAAUGCAGGGAUAUAUAUUUUCUUGAAACCCUAUUUAACUGUUUUUUAUUUCUUCAAUGAGUAAGGAAGUUUUAACGCGGAAUUACAUUUGAACGGUUUUAGUUUUUUUUUCAAAUCAAUUAAUUAAUUUUAGAGAUUGGAAAAUUUUUGAGUUUGAGUCUAUAUUAUCAAUAUAUUCUAAGAAUAUCAAAAAGAGAGAAAUCGCUUGCCAAGUGAAGUUCCUCGUUUCUUUUCUGUGUAAAUCCCCCCCCCCCUUCCCUCACAUUCUUGAAAAUAUAUAUAUCUACUAAUACAUAAAACCCCCAGUUGCUAGCUUAAUUAUAUGUAUUUAUGUUGCUUAAAUGAUACCCUAGUAUCAGACUAUCAGUGUAUGUUUAGUUGUUACUGUUCGUGCAAUAUUUUCAAAAUUCAAAUCUUAAAUAUGAAUUCGAGGAAUUGUACAAUUAAACAAUCUUGUCAAUUUCCUCACCAACAUUAAACAACUCGGAAAGUUGAAAAUUUAGCAUCUGUUUUGUGAUAGUAUUCAUUUAAGUGUUCCUGAAAUUUACAAUCUCAUUAGAAAACUCAUAGAACUAAAAGUAUUACAAAUAAUAUAGUAAAGUCUAUUUAAGCUUUUAGAUGUUAAGGAAAAGUAUUAAUUUAAUAUGUAUAAAAUCCUAAGAACUGUUUUUAUGUUCUUCUUGUGCUUUUUCCUCUUAGUCUUCCCGGGGUUACUUAGAUUUUUCCAGUUUCUUUGGUUUCCAGGCUUCUUAGGCUUGUUUUAUAUUCGUUUCUUUCAAUCCUGUUUUUCUGGUUUACAUAUUCCCCUAGAUCCUGUUACCAGGUUUCUCUUGUUUAUCUGAUUUCUGGUUUACAUAUUCUCUUAGUUCUGUUUACCAAGGUUUCUCUUGUUUAUCUGAUUUCUGGUUUACAUAUUCUCCUAGUUCUCUUUACCAAGGUUUAUCUUGUUUAUCUGAUUUCUGGUUUACAUAUUCUUGUAGUUCCUUUUACCAAGGUUUCUCUUGUUUAUCUGAUUUCUGGUUUACAUAUUCUCCUAGUUCCUUUUACCAAGGUUUCUCUUGUUCUUUACUUAAGAUUAAUACUGGUUGUAUCUCUAGUUAAUCCAGUGCUCGUAUUAAACCCCGGAUAUAUCCAGAGUCGGAAACUUUUAAAUGAAUUUGCAAAUCCGUUUAUUUAAAGGUGUUAGCUGUAGAUUCUUUUUUUCUCAAUAUAAUAAGAUCUUAUUCCAGA